AUGGACCUUACCAACUUGGCAAAUCUCCAAACGGAGGGUGUGAACCCUGAGACGGUGCACAUCGACCAGGUUUCGACAUUGGAGAUGUGCACCCUGAUCAACUCCAAUGACCAACGGGUCCCCCACAGUGUGGUUCCUUGUCUGCCAGAGAUUGCAGCAGCGAUUGACGCCUUGGCCCCGCGUGUGUCUCAAAGCGGGCGAGUGAUCUAUGUGGGCGCGGGAACCAGUGGAAGACUUGGUAUUUUGGACGCGUCGGAGAUUCCUCCGACCUUCGCAGCGCCUCGCGGGCAAUUCUUGGGCUUGAUCGCAGGCGGCGAUGCAGCAAUCAAACAGGCCCAAGAGGGCGCCGAGGAUGACGGGCUAGCAGGAGAAGAAGACAUGCGUCGGUUGGAUCUGAACCCCGAGCUCGACAGUAUCAUCGGGAUCGCGAGCUCGGGCCGGACACCAUACGUUUUAGGCUGCCUUGCAUUUGCCAAAAAGCUUGGAUGUAUGACAAUCGGUGUGGUUUGCACCAGUCCCUCGGCCAUAGAUCUUUCGGGGGACGCCGAUUUCGUCAUCGCGCCACUAGCUGGCCCCGAGGUGGUCACUGGAAGCACAAGACUGAAAGCCGGCACUGUCACGAAGCUCGUAUUGAACAUGCUGAGUACAGGCACUAUGAUCAAGGCAGGGAAGACAUAUGGAAACAUGAUGGUCGAUAUGGUAGCUUCGAAUCUGAAACUCAAAAAGCGGUCCCAUAACAUGCUGCGAAGGGUGAGUGCGAAAUGCAAGCCGUUAUCAGAUGGAGAAUUGGACUCUCUUCUUGUGAAAUGCAACCACAGUGUCAAGUUAGCAGUCUUGGUUGCUGAAUCACAAUACCCAGUCGAUGUGUGCGAGAGACAUCUUGAAGUUGCCAGCGGAGUCUUGGCCAAGGCAUUAGCCGACAUCAACCGCCUCAAGGAGAAAACUAUCACCGAAACCAGCCAGUUGCGCCCAUUUGUUUUAUGUGUUGACGGAGGUGGCACCAAAUGCGCCGCUGUUGUGACCGAUGGCACAGGGGCCGUGUAUCGAGGCUUUGCCGGACCCUGCAAUCUAACCGAUCGAGCGGGGGACGUUUCUGGCGUCAUGGCCACAAUACUUGAGGCAGUCAAAUCUGCGCUCAAGGGCGUAAGCACUGAUCAUGGUAAAGCAGGCCCAUGGCAGAAGUCUCUCCAGACCUGCUUUAGCUCUGUGUGGGUUGGACUAGCUGGCUUGGAUCGAGCUGGAUUUCAAGGGCAACUUGCACCGAAAUUGGCGGAUGCUUUCGGGAUUGAUAACCCAAGGAAUCUUCGAGUGACCAACGAUGUUGACCUGUUGACUGCAGCUGUGCCUCUGUCCCACCUUGGAUCAUCUGUGUUGGUCGUCAUUGCGGGGACCGGGAGUGUUGCAAUGCGAUACAGGUGGGACGCAGAUCAGAAAAAAUACCAGCGUGUCGCUCGGUCUGGUGGCUGGGGACAUAUUCUCGGAGACGAGGGAGGUGGAUACGCUAUUGGCCUCAAGGCCAUCCAACAUACCCUUGGUGUAUUUGAGAAUGCAGCCUUUGCGCUUGUUAAACCCGACGGCGACAAACUAGCAAUGGCCGUGUCCACCAAACUGGGCUUCAAUCUCUGCUCUGGUGUUGGCAUGGAUUUGUUGAACGAUCUCCUGACUCAGAGCUGUACACGAAACUUUAAAAGGCGUAUCGCUGGUGUUGCUGAAGUUGUUCUCAAUCUGACAAGCGAAUGCAGAGUUGCAGCAGGGAUUGUUAGAUCCCAGAGUGGCAAGCUAAUCAGUGACACUUUAAGUCGGUUGGUGAAUCCAGACGCUUUCGAAUAUCAGGCAUCGGAGCACUCGGUGUUAAUACUAGCAGGAGGGCUAUUGAACAAUGAUUGGUAUCGAGCAGGAUUCAAAGACCAACUCGAUUCUCGCCAGUUGUUCUUUCGCGAGACGGUAGUGGUCAAAGAUGCUGCCGCUGUUGGUGCAGAAUAUCUUAGUCGCUUGGCUUAA